UUUAUGUUUUUAUUGUGAACGAGAGGAGAUGGUGGAACAGGCUCAGUAUGAGAAGGCUGUCAGAUGUUCCUCAAAAUAUAUCGUUCUCCAGCCCAAUCAGGCCCAGCUGUAUGGGAGCCAGGGUGAGGCCUACCUGUGUCUGGGUGACUUCCAGUCGGCUGCAGGGUGCUACCAGCAGGCAAGUCGUCUAGAGCCUCCUGGAGGGAGCUUCUACCAUACCCGCCUGGCUCUCAUUUACCAUCUACAGGGCCAGUGUCUUUUCGACGGGGGCCAGUAUCUGGAUGCCCUUGAGUCCUUUAGCAAGUCAGCAGAGUGGAACCCUCAGCGCAGACCAUUGAGAAGCGUGGCAUGUCUGUCGGCUUUGGGACGCUACACAGAGUGUCUCCGGCUAGUGUCUGGUUGGCUGGCUGACCGCCCCUCCUCUGACCUGUACGUCCUCCGAGCCCGACUCUACUGGCAACUGGACCAGCCAGCAGCGUGUUACCAUGACAACCAUGCAGCGCUGCUCCUGGAGCCGUUGUCUGCCCCGGCGACCACUCUGCUCUCCCAGCUGGAGGCGGGAAGUGACCUCGCCAGACAGAAAGCCGUGGAGCACAUUCUGGGGGGACGGCUGACCAUCGCACUCGCCAAGAUAACCUCCGCCCUCGACCUCCACCCACGGGAGCCACGGCACUACCUCCUCAGGGGGAUUCUGUACCGGAGGAUGAAGGACUUCACCGCCUCCAUAGAAGACCUGGUGCGGGCCGUUGAGCUGGGGCAGGAGUCAGAGGAGGAGUCCGCAGGAGGAGCAGGGUCUGAGGAGGAAGAGGGGGUGUCUGUUGUAGAGGAGGCGCUGGGUCAGCUGGUCCUCACCUACAACGACUUUGGGGUGCAUUGCUCCAGCCGCGGCCUGCAGGCUGAGGCCACGCUGCUCUUGGACCGGGCCAUUCAGGAGGAGACCGGAGACAGCCGGCUGUACCUCAACAGAGCAGCCUGUCUGGUCCUACAGGGGCACUGGAGUUCUGCCCUCUCUGACUACCAGCAGGCUCAGGCCCUGAACCCCGGAGACCAGAACACCAGAAUCCGGCUGGCCUCCCUGCACCACAUCCUCGGAGUACACCACCACCAGCACAGGCGGUACCAGGAGGCUCUACAGAGCUUCAGCCAGGCGGUGUUAUUAGACCCCAGCAGAGCGACCUUCUACGAGAACCGCUCCAGAACCUCCCAAGUCCUCCAGGACCCGGACCUUAAUCAGCUGAGCCUGGAUGACGCUCUGAGGACCCUGGUCCUAGACCCAGAGAACCAGCAGGUGCUGCCCCUGGUCCGAGCUCGCUACCCAGGAUGCAGUGUGGUGGAGGUGAUGUCCGGUCCGGAUGGGGUGGCAGUUCGAUCCCAGCUGCUGCAGAUGAUUCAAUCGCACCCCUGUGCCUCUGAGCAACAAGGACUUCAACCUUGUGAAACCGAGGAAGAGCAGAAGCCACUUGCUGGCCAAUCAGACCUUCAGGAGCUGGUGACCCGCCAUGUGCAGAUGAAGCAGAAAGUGCAAUCCUUCCUGCACCAUCGCCCUCCUCUCCACCAGCCUUGGUCAACCCUAUCUCCCCUCUAAACAUCCCCCUGACCCUCCUUUCUCCAAACUGAAUGUCCUCCCUGCCCCACUCCCCCUCCUCCCCCUAAUCCUCCUUUCUACCCCAAAACCUUCAUUCAGCCUCCUAAACAUCCCCCACUCCCCGGCCUUUCUGCCCCUGGUCUUCCACUAGGCGGCAGAAGAGGACUGCCUGUACCUUUAUGAGCAGGAGGCCACCACUACUAGAAGAACAUCUAGUGGCUCACUGGAGGAGAUCCAUUCUAAAGCCCAUAGAACAACACCCUAAUACAGAACUAUGCCCUCUAGAACUACACCCUAUAGAACUACACCAUAAUGCAUAACUAGACCCAUAUAUAAAACUACUUCCUCAAGAAAUACACCCCAUAAAACUUGGUCCUAAUACAGAAACACAUAACAACACCUUACAUAACUACACACUAAUACAGAUCUACACCCUAUAUUAAUACACCCUAAUAUAGAACCUCAUCCUUAUCCAGAACAACACCCUAACCCAGAACUACACCCUAAUACAGAAUUACUACCUUAUGCAGAACUUCAACCUUAGGUAUAACCUCAACCUGUAUAACUACACCCUAAUACAGAAAUACAUGAAUAACCACACCCUGCAGAAUUAAACCUUAUACAAUGACGUCAUUCAGAACUAUUACAUAUAGAAUCACAUCCUUAUACAGUACCAAAUAUACAGUUAACAGUUGUCAUGGAAAUAUUAGUACUGUUUUCAAGGUGAAAGGAUGUUAUCAACAUCAAAGCUAGAGCUCAAGCCAUACUGCAAAGGCAGGAAAGUUUAAAGUAUAAUAUAUAGUAAGAUAUUAAAAUAGAUAAUGAAUAACUGAUCAAAUGUUUAUGUGUUUCCUGAAUACUAGCCCAGCGUCAAUCUUAUAUCUUUCCUAUGUGAGCUCCCGGAGAACCACAACAAACGUAUCAGUCCAGUCCUCUCAUACCACUGACUGAAUACUCACAGUCUUUCAUCUGUUUGAUUUUCAAUGUUUCAUUUAGUAUAAGUUUUUUAACUGGACAUGAAGAAUGCUGCUGUAGGAACCAGAAAGAGAAGACCAGUAAAGGUUUGGGUAUGGGUAGAUCAUCUACAUCCUCUCCGCUCUUGUGGUUGAACUAAGAACAAAUAAAGGUGCAGAUCAAUACAUAUAUUGAUUCUUAGCAUUAAAAAAAUAAGCUGCUCUGUUCUGGGCUCAUGAAUACAGCAGACAUUUAAGGUUGGGAGCACAAACAUGACUUCUCUCCAAGUGAAUAUCUGUUGAAAAGGUCUGAUUCCUGAGAUGGUUCUCAGAAGAGGGGAACCAGGCUUGGGUGAUUUGUGAGUCGAACAUGAAUGGAAAGAAUCGCCCUGGUGAGGAGAGGAAGCAGCCUAGUAAACAUGAUCUGUGGUCUGGUGGUCCCAGCCUAUCAACUGCCCAGCUGUCCCAACAGCUGAGAGAGAGACUUAGACAUCGUAUAGCUGACAAAAAGAGAGAGAGAGAGAGAGACUACAUACUCCAUCUAUAGCUGACAGAGAGAGAGGCCUAGACCACACAUAGCUGAGAGCGAGGGAGAGAGACAGGGAGAGAAAAAGAGAAAGAGAGAGAGAACCGGCAUACCAAACAUACCAGAGUCUGGGCCUUAAUGUGAAUGAGAGUGGACUAAAGGACUGUCAGUGUGUCUGUGUGUGUAUGUGUGGUCGUAAUGUUGGGUAGAGAUAGAGCCUGAACGUUUCCCGGUUAGUUCUGUUAAUUUCCGGAAGUCUAGGGGCCCUCGUGGCUCCCUUCCCAGACAUACAAAACAUGUGGGCACAGACCUGGUAGUUUGGCCCUCACUCAAGAACCUCUCCCUGGCCAGAGUGGUUUCUCCAUGUUUGAUCUGCUGGGUUAUGGCUUGACUAGGGUCAGAGUUGAGCUGGUGGGUAAGAUUAGGGUUAGGGUUGAGUUUGUUGGUUAGAUUAGGGUUAGGGCUGAGUUGCUGGGUGAGAUUAGGGUUAGGGUUGAGCUGGUGGGUUAGAUUAGGGUCGGGUUGAUCUGGUGGAUUGUAUUAGGGUGAGGGUUGAGCUGGUGAGUUAGGGCUUGAUUAGGGUCAUGGUUGAACUGGUGGGUUACAUUAGGGUUAGGUUUAGAUAAGGGUAAGGGUUAGGGAUAGGUUUAGAUAAGGGUAAGGGUUAGAUCUCCUCCUUCUCUGAGUUAAAGUGCCAACACAGCUGAAUAUGAUAAGAUAAUAUUCACUUUAUUAUUCCCAGAUUGGAAAUUGGGGUGUAACAGUGAUAAAACUGCAAUAGGAAUUAAAAAGAGAUGCACACAUUUCUUUUUAAAGAAGAAAAAAACUAAACAACAUAAAGAAAAUAUAUCCAUAUACACAGUAUAAGUAAUAGCAAUGAAAAUCCCCAAAAAUAUAAUACCAGAGAUAUACAACUACAUUCAUACAGUCAUGUAAUACUACAGUAACGUAAUACUGCACAGUAAUGUAGUACUCAUGUAUUACCACAGUCAGUCUGAAUCUAAACCGAAGAGUUCGAAAAAGACAAGAUAGAGGAGAGAAAGAGAUGGUGAGAGGAUAGAGAGGGAAGAUAAGAGAGAGAUGGAAGGAAGGAGAGAAGCAGAGAGUCAGACGGCCAGAGAGAGGGAAAGGAAAGAGGGAGCGAUAGAGGGAAAGAGAGAGUCAGACAGAGAGAGGGAGGAAGAGAAUGAUGGACAGAGAGAAGGAGGGAGAGGAAGAGGAUGCAGAGGAAAAGGAGUCCAGACGAAGAGUGUCUCCCGGGAAA